AUGUCAGACCCCCAUAGACUGGGGAAUCCCAAUGACGUGACAAUCGACAUCCCCCUACAAAGCCACUCGAGCCGGAAUCAUGACGACGCAGAAAUCUGGAAUACGAGCAGCAGUACCAGUGUGCCUUCCAACGAAAACGAGAAGUCCGAUAUUAAAGGACUUGCAGGACGGCGUCGCACAACCGGCUUCGAAAGCAGCGAUAAAGAUUCCGAAUCGCUAAAAGACGGAACAAUCAAUCGGAUCGGAGAGUUUUAUCAGGCGUUCUUCCACUUCUCGAUUGUGACUCGAUAUGCGAUUUACGUAUUCCCCAUUGGUAUCUUGAUCGCGAUUCCGAUUAUCGUGGGUGCGACGGCGGCACCGAAUGCCCACAUCGGAGGCGUGCACAUUUAUUGGUUUUUUACAUGGAUUGAGAUCCUUUGGGUUAGCCUGUGGGGGUGCAAGGUCUUUGCUCAGUAUCUCCCUCGCGUGUUUCAGUCCCUGUGUGGUAUUGUGAGCUCUGGGACGCGCAAAUAUGCGCUCAUACUGGGUGCUCUGGAAAUACCUCUUACUCUGGUCCUAUGGAACGUUAUCGCAUUGGUGACAUUCCUGCCUAUUAUGCGUUUUGGAGCUGGAAACAACAGCGAUAUUUCUAGCUGGGAAAGCAGCAUCAAGAACAUCCUAUUUGGUCUCCUUAUUUGUAGCCUGAUUUAUAUGGGUGAAAAGGCCAUUGUUCAACUCAUCUCCAUCAGCUACCACCGCAAACAGUUCGAUGCUAAAAUCAAGCAGUCAAAGCGUAAUGUGCACCUGGUCAAUCUGUUAUUCGAUGCCUCGCGCAAAAUGUUUCCUGUUUAUUGUCGUGAAUUCCUGGAAGAGGAUAAGAUGAUCUUCGACUCCUUUUUUACCCAGGCAACUGACAAGAUGGGUGCUAAAAAGAGCAGUAUUAAUCCUUUGCGUAUGGUUCAAAAUGUUGGACAUAAUGUUGGCCGUCUAGGAGAUAAGGUUACCAGUGCGUUCGGUAACGUCGCAGCAGAGCUCACUGGAAAGCAAGUGUUCAAUCCGAAUGCGACACACUCCAUUGUGGUUCAAGCACUUGAGCGACAGCGGUGUGCUACUGCAAUCGCUCGCCGUAUCUGGCUAUCUCUGGUAGUUGAAGGCCACGAUGCAUUAUACUUGGAAGAUAUCGUCGAGGUCUUUGGCCCAGCUCACAAGGAAGAGGCAGAGGAAUGUUUCCACGCUCUGGACAAGGACGGCAACGGAGACGUCAGCCUCGAUGAGAUUAUCCUGACUAUUACUGAAUUCGGUCGUAUACGCAAGGCACUGAAUCAUUCUAUGCAUGAUGUGGACCAAGCUAUCCGUGUACUUGACGGGCUGCUCAUGGCUAUUGCCUCUGUGCUAGGAAUCCUGGCUUUCCUGUCUUUUGUGACCAGUGGUCUACAUACUAUCAUCACCGCCGGUGCAUCUGCUCUCCUGUCUUUCAGUUUCGCAUUCUCCAGCACUGCCGCGGAAGUUCUUGGAUCCUGCGUUUUCUUGUUUGUGAAGCAUCCUUUCGAUAUCGGAGAUCGUGUGGAGGUCAGCGAUAAGCCGUAUGUCGUUGAACGUAUCUCGCUUCUCUUUACGGUCUUCCGCAACGUGAAAGACCAUCGUCUAACGCAAAUCCCAAACAAUAUCUUGAACAACCUUUGGGUUGACAACUUUACGAGGGCAAACGCGAUGCAUGAACAACUCACUGUAUCCUGUUCUUUUGAUACCACAUUCGCCGAGAUCGAAGCGUUACGCGAAGAACUCCAAGUCUUCGUUCGUGAUGCAGAGAAUAGCCGCGACUUCCAAUCAGAUAUUAACAUCGAGAUUCUCGGUGUCGGCGAGUCAAUGGACAAAGUUCAAAUAUGCGUCGAUAUUCGGCAUAAAUCUAAUUGGUCCAACGAAACUGUUCGCGCGACGCGACGCUCAAAGUUCAUGUGCGCUUUGAUUCUUGCCAUGCGCAAACUCAAGAUGAGACCUCCCGGUACCACCCGUGACGAAGAGAAGGAUGACGAGAACGAUGACAAUAAUGAUACCGAAAUGGCCAAAAACGAGUACAGCAUCGGUGAUCUCAAGACGACGCCAGCUGCAGCGGCCGCGGCCGCCGAGAUUGUCACCUCCGACAUCUCCCCUUCAUCAGACGUCAUCAUAGCUUCCGGAGUUGACCAAACUCCAACCACAUCUGGGACACUCAAGCAUCGCCCAACGACUAGAGAGAGCGAAGCCGCCAUGAUCGAAAAACUGAACACCCGUUCAUCCGCUUUCGAAUCUUCUCGUGAAGACGGUCUCCAUCGGAAAGCCAGCAGCAACACCAUGGGCUCUGGCCAGAGUCAGCUUUCUUCUCAUUCAAUUUCCACUGGCCACCGCAAGGCCGGCACCCAUGUUCCAUACACACAGGAAGACAUUCUCAGUAUGCAAUCAUACCCAAUGUCGCCGGCGCGUGCAGAUGUCGCUGCAUCUGGCGUAGACGAGAAAUUCGGGUCUGGGGUCUCGAACUCUUUCAACAACUUCAACUAUCAGACUCAAUCCCAAAGUCUGGAUCAACCUCCUAUCCUGCCAGACGUCGCGAUCAAUCAAUCUAGCAACGAAAUUUUCUCCCAAGAAGAUGAACAAGCUAUGAGACAAGACUCAAGGUCCUAUCACGAGAACACCCUGCAAUCCCAACAGACAGAAGCCAAGCAGUCCAGUCGGUCUUCCUCACCGAGUUCAAGGAUAGACAUCAAUGAUGUUACCACAGAGGAGCCACGUAGUUUCUGA